CACCCCCAGGCCGAGCGGGCGGGACGCGCCGGCAGCCGCGCUCCGAAGCAGCCCCGCGCGCGCGGCCAUGGAGAAGGCGCGGCCGCUGUGGGCCAACUCGCUGCAGUUCGUCUUCGCCUGCAUCUCGUACGCCGUGGGCCUGGGCAACGUGUGGCGCUUCCCCUACCUGUGCCAGAUGUACGGCGGGGGCAGCUUCCUGGUGCCCUACAUCAUCAUGCUUUUUGUAGAGGGCAUGCCUCUGCUGUACCUGGAACUGGCGGUGGGGCAGCGCAUGCGGCAGGGCAGCAUCGGUGCCUGGAGGACCAUCAGCCCCUACCUUAGUGGUGUUGGCCUCGCCAGCGUGGUGGCGUCCUUCUUCCUCGCCACCUACUACAACAUCAUCAACGCCUGGGCCUUCUGGUACCUCUUCCACUCCUUCCAGGAUCCCCUGCCGUGGUCCGUGUGCCCGCUGAACCACAACCGCACGGGCUACGACGAGGAGUGUGAGAAGGCGUCCUCCACGCAGUACUUCUGGUACAGGAAGACCCUCAACAUCUCCCCGUCCAUCCAGGACAGCGGGCGCGUGCAGUGGGAGCCGGCGCUCUGCCUCGUGCUGGCCUGGCUCGUCGUGUACUUGUGCAUCCUGCGGGGCACCGAGUCCACCGGCAAGGUGGUGUACUUCACCGCGUCGCUGCCUUACUGCGUGCUCCUCAUCUACCUGGUCAGGGGCCUCACGCUCCACGGAGCCACCAACGGCCUGGCCUACAUGUUCACCCCCAAGUUGGAGCAGCUGGCCAACCCCAAGGCCUGGAUCAACGCGGCCACCCAGAUCUUCUUCUCCCUGGGCCUGGGCUUCGGCAGCCUGAUCGCCUUCGCCAGCUACAACCAGCCGUCCAACAACUGCCAGAAGCACGCCAUCAUCGUGUCCCUCAUCAACAGCUCCACCUCCAUCUUCGCCAGCAUCGUGACCUUCUCCAUCUAUGGCUUCAAAGCCACCUUCAACUACGAGAGCUGCCUGGACAAGGUGAUUCUGCUGCUGACCAAUUCUUUUGACCUUGAAGAUGGCUUUUUGACACCCAGCAACCUGGAGCAGGUGAAGAGCUACCUGGCGUCUGCCUUCCCCAGCAAAUACAGCGAGGUGCUCCCACAAAUUAAAAACUGCAGCUUGCAAUCAGAGCUGGCCACGGCAGUCCAGGGCACUGGCCUGUCUUUUAUCGUCUACACUGAGGCCAUUAAAAACAUGGAGGUGUCGCAGCUAUGGUCGGUGCUCUACUUCUUGAUGCUGCUGAUGCUGGGCAUUGGGAGCAUGCUGGGGAACACGGCGGCCAUCCUCACGCCUCUGACCGACAGCAAGGUCAUCUCCCGUCACCUGCCCAAGGAGGCCAUCUCCGGUCUGGUGUGCCUCGUCAACUGUGUCAUCGGCUUGGUGUUCACCAUGGAGGCCGGCAACUACUGGUUCGACAUAUUCAAUGACUACGCUGCCACACUGUCCCUGCUGCUCAUCGUCCUGGUGGAGACCAUCGCUGUGUGCUACGUGUACGGGCUGAGGAGAUUUGAAAGUGACCUCAAGGCCAUGACUGGCCGCACUCUGAACUGGUACUGGAAGGUCAUCUGGGCCGGCGUCAGCCCGCUGCUCAUCGUCAGCCUCUUUGUCUUCUACCUGACUGACUACAUCCUCACGGGGACCCUGAAGUACCAAGCCUGGGACGCCUCCCAGGGUCAGCUCGUGACCAAGGAUUACCCCCCCCACGCACUGGCCGUCAUUGGACUGCUGGUGGCCUCCUCCACCAUGUGCAUCCCCCUGGUGGCCCUGGGGACUUUCAUCACGCGCUGCUUCAAGAGGAAGGGAGACACGCCCCCCGUGGCCUGAGGACUGGGCUUCCCGGAGACCGCGCUCACUGUUCUGCGGCUACGAUUUACAGGGGGAAUCUCCUCGGCUGCUUUUGCAGUUAUUUACUCCAGAAAUACUCAGCCCGUCGUCCCCGAGUCCACCAAGAAGAACCGCGGAAGAAGGGUCCCUGGGACCCACACUCCACCUGCAGAGCAGCCCCUGGUCCCCUCUGCCUCCCCCCGGGUCGCACCGUGCUGCCUCCUUGUCACCAAAGAUGCAGGCUCUUCAAGGCCAGUCUUGAAGACAAUUGCUUUCUUGAUUCUAGGGAAGUCCUAGAACUCAGACACACUGUGAGCUCAAAUCUGACCAUAAUUUUUGCAGAAUAAAACUUAAAGCGAUUUUUUUCUUCUAGAGAAAUUCCAAAAUAUCAGAGGGCAAUUGUUUUUUUGUUUUUUAAAAGAUCUUAUUUAUUUAUUCAUGAGAGACAGAGAGAGGCAGAGACACAGGUAGAGGGAGAAGCAGGCUCCUUGGGGGUUGUCUGAUGCGGGACUUGAUCCCCGGACCCCGGGAUCACGACCUGAGCCAAAGGCAGAUGCUCAACCACCAAGCCACCCAGGUGCGAGGGCAAUUGUUUUUCAGAUCAGUUUGAAAAGAGGGGUUUUUUUGUUUGUUUUAAAGCACCUGAGAGGACAGAUCUGAACAUCACUCGAGCAAAAUCAGGUCUCUCUCUUUUUUUUUUUUGAGUCAUGGUGAAUAUGCAAUUGCUGUGUUCUUCACUCACAGGACUGGCUGACCAGGCAGAGGGGAGGCCUUUGUUGGGAUCCAUAAAAAGGGGGUCACUUCUGUGAUCUGAGGUCUCUCACACUGGGUCCAGGGCCAGUCUUCCCAACUACAGUUCACAACCCCAAACCACCUGAGCAGUCUGUGCAGACGGACCCUACCCCGGGGGGUUACACAUCGGAAAAGGUGCCAGAGCCACCUGGAGGGUGAAAGCAAAUCUAACUUGCCCAUAGACGAUGUGAUAUUUGGACAUGGUACCCAACUCUUUAUAUAGCAAAGACCAUGAACAUCACUUACGAUCAAUUUUAAAUUAUUUGUACAUAAGUUUCCUAAAGUGUAUAUAACUCUAACAGAACAUCCUGGAACUGAAGACUCUAUAUUUAUGAUACAGCAUCAGUCCACCGUG